AAGAGACUCCUUUGGAAGAGAAUCCUGAAGACACCGAUUUGAAAUUUCGAUAUGAUUUGCUUUCUGCUGAUCAUGAACAUUUAAAAAAAUUAUUAACUCAAUAUUCUUCUCUCUUAUCUCAGAAACAUGAUAUUAAAUUUGUUUGUUCCUUAUUAAAGAAUUCGGUGAUGGAUUCUGAACGAUUACGCCGACGCAUCAAGUUUCUUUACGACCAGUUGAUUGAAAAUGGAGAACUUUAUAAUUUUAAUGUAGAACUUAAACCUCCUCAUGAUGAAUCUACAGGCGAUGAAUCCUCUCAAUUUCUUUAA